GGGGUGCUCGCGCACGGAGAGCGGGCUUCUGGCACUGGACAUGGCGGCGGCGGCCACUGCGGCGACCAAGGGGAAUGGGGGAGGCGGCGGUCGGGCCGGGGCCGGCGAAGCCAGCGGCCCUCGGAAGAAGAAGGGCCCAGGGCCUCUGGCCACGGCGUACUUGGUCAUCUACAAUGUGGUGAUGACGGCGGGGUGGCUGGUUAUAGCGGUUGGUCUGGUCCGAGCGUACCUGGCUAAGGGGAGCUACCACAGCCUUUAUUACUCCAUUGAAAAGCCUUUGAAAUUCUUCCAAACUGGAGCCUUAUUGGAGAUUUUACAUUGUGCUAUAGGAAUUGUCCCAUCUUCUGUUGUCCUGACCUCUUUCCAGGUGAUGUCAAGGGUUUUUCUCAUAUGGGCGGUCACACACAGCGUCAAAGAGGUGCAGAGUGAAGACAGUGUCCUCCUGUUUGUCAUUGCCUGGACAAUCACAGAAAUUAUCCGCUACUCUUUUUAUACCUUCAGUCUAUUGAACCAUCUGCCUUACCUCAUCAAGUGGGCCAGGUACACACUGUUCAUUGUGCUGUACCCAAUGGGGGUGUCAGGAGAGCUGCUCACCAUCUACGCGGCGCUGCCCUUCGUCAGACAGGCUGGCCUCUACUCCAUCAGUUUACCUAACAAGUACAACUUCUCCUUUGACUACUAUGCGUUCCUGAUUCUGAUCAUGAUCUCCUACAUUCCAAUUUUCCCCCAGUUGUACUUCCACAUGAUACACCAGAGAAGAAAGGUUCUCUCUCAUCCGGAAGAGCACAAGAAAUGUGAAUAGUUCCUGCCGCCUGCAACUCCCCCUCCCCUCCCAAAACACAACUUCAAUGAUCAAAAAAUGCUGCAGACUUUUUGAGUUCCCAAUACGUUUCAUAGAAAAUAAGUAAGAACUAUUUUUAAAAUAUUAGAAACAAGAGUCCAGUGUCACAGGGGACUGGGAUUUUAUAAGAAAAACAAAAACAAAACCAAAAAUAUGUAAAAGGCUGUUAGGUAAAACAUCCUGAACGGUCCAUCUCGGCAUGCUGCUUCCCCCAGAAGCCCCCAGGCUUUAUGGCAGCAGGAGAAAGGGAUCUGGCGUGUACAGCCUCCCGUGUCCUUCCUGGAGCUGAGAAGUGAGGGCCGGUAACCUGAGUGCUGAGAGUUCCCGUCUGAGUCCUGGCGCCCCAAGCUUGCAGCACGGCCACGUUUCAGUCUGCAGCGUUCAGCGUUCCUUUUGCAAAGUGCUUGAGUGCAUGCUGGAAACCAUUUGUAUGUUUGAAGCAGCAAACUCUGUUCUCUGGAAUGCUCCGAAGUCUUGGCUGGGACCCCUCCCCCCCCUUCCCCUGCGAAUGAACCAUAAAACGCCCCUGCCUGUGAAGUUUUGGGGGAGUGCCCAUAGUCAGAAAACAACUUGAACCCUGUUGUUUGUCUUCAGUUGAGUCCUUACUGCCUGCCACUGAGAAAUGUGCUUGAAUUUAAUAAGUACGUGUGCAUCCUAAGGAACCUACCUUCUCUGGAGCUCAGCCUCCGUCAUCUUGUAACACAAUGACAGCCCUCAGAAAGGGAAGCUCCACAGUCAGUGUCAAGUACCCCUCCCAGAACACCUCUGAGUGAUGUCUGCCAGUCAACACAUCUCAUGUAUGGGCCUGAAGCCAAUCUGGUCACACACGAGUAGGGAACACACACGAGUGUGAAAACACACGGAAGGUGUUGCUUUAGCAGUGGUGUCUGGGGGCGGGCACUGUUGCGCAGCAGGUGAGACCAGACUGCCCUACUUCCAGUCCAGCUUCUGCUGAUGCAUUCUGGGAGGCAGCAAGUAGUAGUCAAGUGUGGAAACUCCUGCCGCCCAUGUGAGAGAGCUGGAUGGAGCUGUGGCUCCUGGCUUUGACCUGGCCCAGCCCUCACUAUUGUGGGUGUUUGGGGAGUGAACCAACAGAUGGAAGUUCUUCUCUCUCUCUCUCUCUCUCUCUCUCUCUCUCUCUCUCUCUCUCUCUCUCUCUCUUUCAAGUAAGUAAAAAAAAUUAAUGUAACUAAACAUUUUUCUUUAGUGAUGCCUGGAGGACUGUUCAGGAAUGGGUUUACACACCACAGUUUUCAGUUUUCUCUCACUCUUCUGUUUGGAUACUUUUCCUCAUUAUGAUCCUGUGUUCAUUCUCACCAAGUUUUAAACUCCGAGACAGUGAAAUGUUUCAGGCGGGCAGCCAUGCGCUAGAAGCAGUGUCACCCCUACACGCUGGAACAGCCACCAGAGAGAGUGGUCGUGUGUGACGUCUUCAGACCGGUCCGCUGCCCAGCCAGGCGGCCAGAUCCCCUCCGAGAGCUGGAUGAAAACGUGAAGCCAAGCGCAGACGCACAGAUUUUAACACAGGAUCUUUUCAUGGAGCUGAGCCCCACCCCACCCCCAGCCUCUUUUUUUUCUUCUGGGGCGGGGGGGGGGGGGUCUUUAAGACUUUAAAAUUCUAGCUUACUGAGUAGCUGUCAUUUAAAGUGUAAUUGUUCAUAUCAAAAGAAUGUCAUAAUGGAAAACUAAAUUUUUAAAUGCUUAUUUUCAUAGAAGCUUGAAAAAUUAAUGCAGGCAGGAGUGUAAUAAAUUAUUUUUGAAUUGAACAUUAAAGUUCUUGGGAAAGUCAGCACUCCUAAGUUAGGUGUGUUGAGAUUAGAAUCUAUUCUUGUAUUUGGUAGAUAAAAUAUGUAAGAAAAGUUAUUUUUCAUGCUUUUUCUUUCCUUUUUAUUCUUCCAAAGUGUAUUUCUACUGUAAGAUAGAAUCAGCUUUAUUUGGUUAAGAUCUUUUAUCAGUUAUUUCUGGAAUAGUUCUAGAAGAUGAGACGGGGGGUUGGAAAAGUAGGUUUUCCAGGAUUGCAGGACUGGGGGGGGUUGUAUUCAGGCCUCUGGGUUAUAAUUUGUCACUGUGUAUGAAAACAUUGUGUUGCAAACAGAGGUGUUGCAUCAAAUUGAACUUUGGCAAUGAGCACAGCAAACAGCUUCCUUCUCCAAAAGGUUUUCAGCCCGAGUAUGUAUUUCUGUGCAUCCACAUUUACCAUUCCUGUGGGAGACCGUGGGACGCGGUGUGGCGACCUCCGGCCACCUCUCUCCCUGGCUGCAUGUUCCCUUUCUCGAAUUCCUUUCUCCAGCUCUGGUGGUGGUCUUUGAGAAUGCACGACCCCACCCAAUGGCACAGCUCCUAGGCGUGAGCCAGGAGCCUGUGAGCCCAAGCAGUGCGUGCUGGGCACUAGGUCAGCCCUAGCAGUUUGUGUGAGGGCACGGUCAAAGGCAGCCUCUUCCCAGCUCCCCACCUGAGUGCGGGUCCCACGUGCCCACUGCGGACAAAGGAUUCCCAGAGGCGCCUGCCGGGGAAAGCCGCUGGCCUACGUACAUCAUGCCGCGUGUGCCCUGUGUGGAGGCCCGGGUUGCUCGCCUCCCCUGUACCAGCACCAGCCGUUAUCAAAGGCCCCGUCCUCCCGCACCGGGAGGUGCCCCUGACGUGAGGUUGGGACGGCCCUCAUUUUCUUGCUUGUUUUGAUUACUCAUUUGUAAUAAAAGAUUGGCACUGAUGGGGUGCAACCUGCAAAUUAUUUUCAAUUCUGAGUUGCAGAUAAAGCAUUAUAAAACAUCAAAAGUCAAUGCUCCUUUGAAAUUUGGGUAAAAAAUUAUACAACCGUCUAUAUAAUCAUUUUUGUAUUUUUUCUAUGUUGUCAAAACCAAAAUUGUAAUUUUAUAAGUCUUUGAUUCACUAAAAUUAUAUAAUUUAAAUGUAUUUUUUGUAUAUUUAGAAAUAAGGAGUUCAAAGACUAUGCUUAACUUUCUACGCAUGCAUUUGAAAGCUGUUUUUACCUGAUAAUGUUCAUGUAGUCAUAAGAUGUAUUCAUAAAAUACUGAUCUGUGUCGCAUUUCAAAAUAAACCGCUGUGCGCUCUGCCUGGAUCUGAA